GAAGAAAUUGGCUUGACUUACGAUGAGCUCUCCGUAAUCGGGCAGCUGAGACGUCCACAUGGGAUGGGACCGUACAGCACAUUCCUUGCUUUGUGUUCGAUGUGGUAUCCGAAGUAUUCCUAUAACGAGAUAGAGGAGAAGGUGAAAAAGUUUUUCUGGCGCUACCGUGUUAAUCGACACAAAACCACUGUUGCUACCCCAGCUUAUCACGCAACCGAAUAUAGUCCCGACGAUCAUAGGAAUGACCACCGACCCUUUUUGUACCCAGAUAUGUCUUACCAGUUCGAGAAGAUCCACUCGAAGGUCUUUUUUUCUGUCAUACAAACAUUUUUGAAAUAUAUGUUUUAUAUCAAAUGA